AUGGCGCUGCGCGCGCCCGCGGCGACUUCGCUGCAUGCGACGGACAGGCCGUCGCCCGGGAGCUGCUCGAUGCCGAGGCGAUCGGGGUGGCGGCCGACGACCGCUGCAGCUGGCAGGGCGCCCCUCGCUGCGAACGGCCGUGGCCGCUCAGCGGCCGAGGCGCUCGCGACGCCGAGGUCAGGACGCAUGGCGGGCGAUCAGCGUGAGUGGCGAGCGGCUCCGCAGACAAGCGGCAGGGCGUCGUCGGCCGACAGCAGUGGUAGUGCUGCAGACCGUGGCUGCCAGAUCGUGCGGAUCGGGCCCGAGCCGAUGGUGGGCAAUUUGACUACUGAGGACAAGGCGGCGGUCCGCGAGAUGUUCGGCUGCAAGGCGUCGUUCCGGGCGCGACGCAAUGGCCUUCGCUCGCUCACAGUCGUCGGCCCGCCGAUUGCAGCGCAGCUGGCCUGGGAGUACGCUCGGGAGCGGGUUCGUCACGAAGCUGCAGCGGGCUUGCGCGAUAGGCUCAACGACAUGGAGGCGGAUGCAAGCGGCAUCGUGGCCGUAGCAGGCCUGCACGACGUCGAGGACUUCGACUGGGUGUGCCCCACGCUCGGCCCCGACAGAAUUUGCGGCGAUAAAUGGCAGCCUGCUUGCGUGUACGUUAGGCCCGCCGUCUACGCGAGCGCCUCCGUCACUUUCGACGCCAGCAGCUUCCAGUAA